CAAGAUACUGUGCCACAACAUCAUAGAGCCUAUCAUCCCUUCAGUUUGUCGGUGAAAGAAAGCAGAUAGAACAUUAUUGUAAGCCCCUUCCCACACAAUAUACCACAGCAGUCAUGAAGGUUGCAUCUUUCAACAUCCAGAAAUUUGGGAAGCGUAAGCUAUCAAACCCAAACACCCUUGCUACCCUUGUGAAGAUUGUGUCUCGCUAUGACAUCAUAGUGAUUCUGGAGGUGGUGGAUAAGAGAGAAACUUCAGUGAAAAAGUUCCUGGAGGAAUUAAAUAUGGCCAAUAAGAAGCAACACUACACUCUGCAAAUCAGCUCUCGUCUGGGAAGAGACAGAUACAAGGAGCAGUUUAUGUUUCUGUACAGGGAUGACUUGGUGGACUUGGUUGGUUCCUGGCAAUAUGACGACAACCAGGUUGGAGAUGUGGACGCCUUCGCCAGGGAGCCUUACAUUCUCCGCUUCAAAUGUCUCAACACUGUGCUGGAGGACUUGGUACUGAUCCCAGUGCACACCAAGCCUGACGAUUCAGUGAAGGAGCUGGAUGAGCUUUAUGAUGUCUUCCUGGAAGUGACAAAGAAAUGGAAGACUGAUAACGUUAUGAUCCUAGGUGACUUCAAUGCAGACGGUUCCUACCUUUCUAAAAAGGCCAUGAAAGCCAUCCGUAUCCGCAGUGACAAAAAGUUCCACUGGCUGAUUGAAGAUGAUGUGGAUACCACAGCAAACACAGGCAACGAUAACACUUAUGACAGGAUUGUAAUCUAUGGGGAUGACAUGCUUGACGCCGUCGUGCCAAACUCUGCCAAACCAUUCAACUUCCAGAUCGCAUACGGACUUUCUGAAGAAGAUGCCCUGAAAGUGAGCGACCAUUACCCUGUGGAGGUAGAGCUGAAAAGGAAAACACCAACAGAACAGAGCUCUGCGACUGGGAAAUAGAACCCUGUACAUGGACAGGACGGAGGAAGUGAGUGAAGAGGUGAUGGAGAAGAAGCCUUAUCCAACCAGAGAAGCUGAAUUUAGAGAUACUGGUGCUGAAGAUGCGGAUGGUCAAGCUUAGGAACACUUACGUUGAUCUGUGAUUCAAUCUUACCACAAUACUAGUCAUAUUAAUAUUGUAUAUCAUAUUUGUAUGUCUAGUAUAGCUACUGAUCUAAUACUGAUGUGUAUCUUGACAGAAUCUCAAAUAAAGAUGAUGGAGUGAAAA